UGUUAUUGUAGUGUAUGGUGUGAUUCUAGUUUACUAUUACGUUGUUAUUGUAGUGUAUGGUGUGAUUCUAGUCUACUAUUGGGUUGUUAUUGUAGUGUAUGGUGUGAUUCUAGUCUACUAUUAGGUUGUUAUUGUAGUGUAUGGUGUGAUUCUAGUCUACUAUUAGGUUGUUAUUGUAGUGUAUGGUGUGAUUCUAGUCUACUAUUAGGUUGUUAUUGUAAUUGUUAUUGUAGUGUACGAUGUGAUUCUAGUCUACUAUUAGAUUGUUAUUGUAGUUGUUAUUGUAGUGUAUGGUGUGAUUCUAGUCUACUAUUAGAUUGUUAUUGUAGUUGUUAUUGUAGUGUAUGGUGUGAUUCUAGUCUACUAUUAGGUUGUUAUUGUAGUGUAUGA